GUUGCCUAAAAACAGACUUGGCAGCUAAUUUGACAUGUGACAAUAACGGUGUAGAAAUUUCUUGCUGAACGUUGACAAGCUCGAAAACGGGGUGAAGUGAUCGGAACGAAACUGUGUGCCGCCAACUGUAGCAAACAAAGAUGUCUGGAGGCAAUAGCGGUGGCGUAGCGAUAACUGGUACAGGGGGUGGAGGUACCUCCACUUCUGAUAGUAUCUCUGUGGCCGUUCGAGUAAGACCUGCUAAAAGCGUAUCUGAUCCAGUCGAAUGGAUCGUUCAAGACAACGUGAUCUACGGAGCGCAGCCCGAAAAUCAACACAACGUAUUCGCGUUCGACCAUAUCUUUUCACAGGAGACGACCAACACUAAUGUCUAUGAAAAAGUUGUUGGCCCGAUUAUAGAGUCGGUCUUGGAUGGAUACCAUGGCACCGUGUUUGCUUAUGGACAGACUUCGUCAGGAAAAACGCAUACGAUGAUGGGCAACGAUGCCGACCCCGGAAUCAUCAAAAGGGCAAUUGCCUACAUCUUUGAACGUAUACAUAAAGAUGCCGAUCGCGAGUUUAUGAUUCGGAUUUCAUAUCUAGAAAUUUACAAUGAGCAGAUACGUGACCUGCUUAAUCCAGCUACGCAGUCGUCGGCGCUCCAGAUCAAGGGCCCGGACAUGGCCGUCUCUGGACUCGUGGAACAGGUCUGUCGUGAUGCCGAUGAACUGAUGAAAUGGAUGCUAGCUGGAGACAAGAACCGUCAGGUCGGAUGCACUAACAUGAACGAGCGUUCGUCCCGAUCACAUUCGAUAUUUCGUGUAACCCUCGAAUCGUCUCAUCGGGACGCCGUCGGGAAUAAACGUGAAGGCGUCACUAUCUCCCAAUUAAAUUUGGUAGAUUUGGCUGGUUCGGAGCGUGCAACGCAAACCGGCGCUACCGGAACGAGAUUACGUGAAGGUUGUCACAUUAACACAUCGCUUACCGCACUCGGCAUUGUCAUUCGAAAAUUGUCCAAACAAGAGAAACACAUAAAUUUUCGGGAUUCAAAAUUAACCAGAAUUCUGCAGAAUUCCUUGGGCGGCAACUCCCGUACGGCUAUCGUGUGCACGAUAUCGCCAUUCGAUUACGAGACAAGUCUGUCAACGCUCCGUUUUGGAUCUGAUGCUAAACGAAUUCGCAAUAAGCCUGUUAUCAAUCAAGUGCUAUCGGAAGACGCCAGCCUUUUGCAAAAACGGAACAAAGAGAUUGAGUCACUUAAGGCACUCAUUUGUAAGGUGAAGACCGGGAAGGAGCAAGAACUGAAAGAGAAAGACGACACGAUUUCACAGCUGCAGAAGAAAAUUGAGGAUCUUCAGAGGCUAGCCAUCUGCGGAGACCUACCAUCAAGUAUCACUGAAAGGACCUAUAGCAUGCCAUUGCGGGUAGACUGCCGUCGGCGAGAAACAUGGUGUCCUGGGCAAAUUGCCGCAGCGACGCCAGGUAAAAGUCUCUUAACUAGCACUGGGGCUUCAACGAUGUUCGAGCAACGACAUACAUCGGGAGGAUCGAACGAAGACUCGUUUUUAGCACAGUACGGCACGUAUGACGAUGGUCUCAAAAAUGAUUUCGGAGCGUUCUGUACUCCAGCGCGACCCCGCAAACGGAAGUCAUUGGAAAUAGAUUGUCCAGCAUCUUCAUCAUCUACGGAAACGUUAAAGAGCUUAACUAGUCAAUGUGACGUUUCACGGAAAAAUGAAGAAUAUGAAGAUCUAGCUGCACUGAAGGGCAAGUACGAGGACGCCAUGAGCGAGUUGCGAGAGCUGAGGGAACAUAUCGCGUUCCUUCAAGCUGAGCAAAAGCUCUGCUGUCAAGCUACACCUGGGCUAGCAGCAAAAAGACCGCGGAUUAAGACAGUCGAUCCUUUGGCUCCUCAUGAAUCAUCUGAUCCUAGUGGUACAGAAAGUGGUGGUUUUAAUCAGGAAUCUUCAUCGUGUACGAAUACAGAUCAGGAAGCUGUUACGCGUACGCCGGUAAAUGGACUGAGCCUUAUUCUAGAGGAGGAAAGCGAGCUAGAGGGAGAAAGUCCGUUUGAACGCAAACUCAAAUUAAUGGCGACUCCACGCCAAACAAUCACAAGCAUGAAACGGGAGAAUGCUUUGUUGAAGCGAAGUCUAAUGGCAUUCAGUGGAUACGCUUCGCCAAGUGAAACAACGGGAACAACUCUGCGAAAUGGUUCUGGUGCGCUAUUUCUAAGGUCACCUUCCCCAGGGGUACAAACAUACGAAGUUGGCUGUCAGUAUGAAGAAAUCGUCAGCGGUGAAACUAAUCCCCUUGAAAACCUAACCGCUACCGACCAGUCAACACCAGUUUCUAAUGAGCCUCCACGUCAGAUGGUGAACAGAUCGACUUCGCCGUUGCCUCUGCUUGCAACUCCAAUGAAAAGCGAGUUGCCAAUCCGAUCGACGCCGCGUCGCCGAGACACGUGCGAUUCCCUGAUCACUUUCUUAACUCCACAAACCAGAGAAAUUUGCACCGCAAGCCAUGUACAAGGAUCUAUGGUAUCAUGGCUGGAAACAGAGGGAACGCCCAUAAACUUUCCACUCGUGCUAAAGGACAUGGCCGUCCAAACCGACUGUGCGGUUGAAGCUAGCGGUAGCUCUGUAGAAAUCAACGGAAAGAUCAAGGAAAAGUCAUGCGUCGCUGAUGCCUCGAUCAUGACUGAACUGUCUCCUGUAAUGACGGAUGCUAGUACGUCCGUUACUGGUACUUUACUAAACGACGAUACAAAACUUCAGACUGUUGUAGUCACUGAAGUCGAGGCAAAAACAAUCCUCGUGGAUGCUAAUACAUCGGCUAUUAUCUUUCCUAGCGAAGGACUUACAAAGGCGGACGCUAGCACUUCAUUCGGAAUGCCAACGCAUCAGGAAAAAGCGGAAAUUACUGAGAUGGCAGUUUUCACUGAGCUUGAAGCCAAGCUAAUCCCAGUAAACGUAAACGUGUCUCCUACGUGUUUCCCUGAAAAUGCGGUGGCUUCUUUCGCAGCGGCAGGUCAGCCCAUUGGGCACGAAGUCAUUACAACGGACGUGGUCACACAAACCGACUUCGAAGAAAAACUAGACACGAUGCAUGCGGCCGAUGUGAAACGCCAGCAUGGCGAACGUGUUCUUCACGCAACCCAUGUGGAAGUGCAAUGCGUUACUGAAAUGACUGACGUGUCAACGCUCGCUUCUGUAGCCAUAAUGGAUGCCGCAUCACAGACGGACAAGGAGACUAAGGUAGCUCCGAUGGCUCCAUGUAGAGCCACAAAGUUUUUAUUCGCGACGCGCUGUAUGGACAACCCUGCCUUUGCGGGCAUUGCAUCACCAUCCGAAUUGCUGAUCGGAAUGAAUGCCCUACUAGGCAGUGCCGAAAGUGCUAAAGAUCCCGUGGAACCUUCAGUCAAAAGUGGUACAAAGUGGGAGCAACCCGUCCCAAAGAGACGAGAUGUUGGUUGUCAGGCCCGCAUCGAGGAAUUAUGGGUCAUUCGAAUGAAGCUUGACAAAGAGAAAGCGGCUCGUGAGGAUGCGGAGAAACGAUGCGACGAAUUGUGGCGUGAAAAGAGCCGACUCGUUAAGACCAACGAUAAAUAUCUGGCCUUCCUCAAACAGAGUGGUAUCGACCCCAAAAAAGUUUUGAGCGAGGAAGUUGUUGCCAAACCUUUAAAGGACACCAGAAACAUAGCUAGUACGCCUGCUACUGCUACUCCAUCAACUCCUUCAACGGCUGAACAGUACCGACAAAAAUAUGAGGCAAUUAAGGAGUUCUGUUGGCGACAUCCUGACAUUAAGGAUCGUCUGCUAUCAGAACGGGUCGUACUUGCCCGACCUAAAGUCCCACAGGUCUCUCAAACUCUGAACUUCGGAAAGGAUUCACCAGCAGCCGGCAAACUUAAUUCUGAAAGCGAAACACCGGGUGAUCAUUCAAAUGAAGCUCAAGAAGAUCGGCCGUUGGCAAAUUUACAGGACGUUCAAGAGUUUCGUGGCGUUGAUUAUCUUGCAAAGGCUGAUCCUGGAGAGUGUAGGCCAUCAUAAGUAGCUUCCAUAGAAUGUUUAACAAUAACAGCCGGAUAUUGUGUGUACCGUCUGGAAGGACAGGUCUAUUACGGAUUGGUCAAACGAAUGUUAAAUUGUAUAUAUAAACUACAUAUAUUUGUAUAGUCAUAAAGUUCGUUUAUACUGCAAUGUACAAACGUGAAGUUAGUUUCCACUACCUAGGGAGGGCAAUAUAAACAUCAUGUAUUUUAUAUGUUGUUGCUUAAAAGUGGUAAAUCGGUGUUUUUAUUAAAAUAUGGGCAGACACCUAAUAUACAUGAGUUUUGAAAAGCAACAUAGUACCGCUG